GUUCGUCAGAAGGUGUGCCUUCUCUGAUUGUGUGUUUGAUUGAGAAGAUGAGCGAUUCGUUCACAGUGUUUUAUUAAAAGAAACGAACGCCGUUUGCUGUUAUUUCAUUCAGCGGAUGUUUCAGCGUUUUACAAAACGAAAGUGUUUUUGUUGUUUCUUUCUUUCCACGAAGCGAAAGUGGCUGUAGAUACGUGUGCAGCCCUUCCUCGAAGUCUCACAGACUGAGGAGAAGUCCAUGAACUCGCUCGUUGUCUGGUCAGGUCUGUUUUGUACACAACGCGACUCCGGGAUGUCGAUAGAAGCGAGCGGAGAUCGUUUCGUGUGUUAAAACAGAACAUUUCUGCGGAAGUCGUCGUGUUUUCUCUCGCAGGCAUCAUCUCAGAAUGAAGUGUCCUCACUGUGAUCAUGAGUCUCCAGAGAAGUCUAAGUUCUGCUGUGAUUGUGGCAGCAAACUGCCGUCUCUCUCCGCCGAGGCCGUCCCAGACAAAUCAGAAGACCAGUCUCAAUCCUCCUCAAACAUCUCACGUGACCCAGAUAAAGAAAAGACUGAUUUCAGACCUGAAUCAGGAGUGUCUGCUUCUCCACCACAACCACAUGAAGACAUCAACCGCUCUGAGAAGAAUCACGGUUCCAGUGUGGAUUCACAGAAGUCUGUUUCUGCUCCCGACCAGAAAUACAAUGAAAGCGUGUAUGCAGAAAAUCAAAGUUCAGCAUCAAAUGAACAAAUAAAUUCCAGUGACAGACUCACCAUCCACUUUCAUGCCGUUGUCUCGAAAGGCUUUGAGUUUAAUCCAGGAAGCGAUCGUGUCUUCGUGAAGGCAGGUCGUCGCAUUGGUAGCUGGAGCCAGAACUUGGCUGAACUGCAUGUGUUAAGGGAUCUCGGAGAGAACAGAUUUCUUGUGGAAGGGAAAUGUGUCUGCAGGAAGAGCGACGCUGUGUCUGUGUCCAUCCCCUACAAGUAUGUUGUGUAUAAACAUAAAAAAGAUAAAUCAUGUUAUGAAUACAUCUACAACCCGGCUUCAGAAGAAAUCACCAACAGAAGUCUGUUUGUCAAAUCUCAUCUACUAACCGAUGGAGGAGAAUGGCAUCAGUAUGAUGAUACUAUCAGAUCAGAACCAUCAGAACAAAAUUUUUUAUAUCGAACGAUAGAUAAUAUAUGGUCUAAGCAGAAGAAUAAAGUAAUCAAGGGAAGAGAAAUUGCUGGUAAAGUUAUGCUGGAAACUAUCUUUGAACUUCUGAGAGGCUGGAGCAAAACUACUCUCGGCAACUUCCUGCGUCAGCUGCAGCAGUUUUAUGAAGUCUAUGGCAACCCUUGUGUAUUUGUGGGGAAAAAUGCCAAGUGGACCGCGCUUGGUUACAGUGAAGAAAAUGUGAGAAAGCUUCUGACGGAGUUCAUAAUGAGUCGUGUGGCUCCAGAUCUGCAGAAAAACAAAGAGAAGAAAGCGUUCAUCAUGGAGCCGCUGAAUGCUGCUGUCAUUGUGCUGUAUGUGUGGAGACAGUAUAGUCUACAGUUAGACAGAGAGGUCUUCCCUCGCCUCUGCACUGCUCUCUGUCUGCCAGACUUACCUAAGGAUGAGUUCCUGUCUUUCUGGAGUGAUGUGACAGAAUCAUUCUCAGUGAUAAACACCUGGAUUCGUUCUUCAGCUGAUAUGGUGGAGGCGUUGAUGAAGAGGGUGAAAGAAGACAAGAUGUUGAAUUGGAUCGUUGUAAUACCACUAUUGCACUUUCUCAAAGGCACUUCAAAACCAUUUCAGCCAGUGUUUAAUCAGAUCGGCUCGCAAACUGAGCAGAGCUGGGUCUACAGGAAGGAUCGAAGGGGGAUGCUAAACUUCAUGAAGGAGCAUAAAUAUUUGGUGGAGGUGGACAGACUGCUGGCGAGGUCUUGGAUGUGUUUGAUGACUAUAGAUGAGUUGGUUGAGUACAACUCAUUCAUCCAUGCAGAGCUCCUGGACAUACUACAGAUUUUCACCAUGAAAUGUCCCAAAGAAAUCUCACACUCUUUAACAAGCAUUUCGAAGAUUCUGGAACUCAUUCAUUCUGACUUGCUCCAGCAAACAUACAGCUGUCUGAAUGAGGAUUAUGGUGUUCAGUGUGUACAAGCAAGCUGUAAACUUCUAGACACGAUCUGCACAAAUACUAGGCAAACUCAAAUCCCUGUUGCUUGUAUGAACCUUGUGGCCUCGGUAUCAAGAUUUGCCCAGACAACACAACAACAGGACGCUAUUUCUGUGAAGACUCACAAGUUACUCAGGGAUGCCAAGGAAACUGUCCGAAGAUGGAUUGGACGAGCUUUCCAAGGCAAGAUUUUAAACAGAGUCCAUGGAAAGGUUGCCUACUUUACUACAGAGAUAGAGAUGUGGCAUAACGUUAUAACUGUAGAUUUCAUGAGUAAAGCCUUCACUGAAGAAUGGAGAGAGAGCAUUGCACAGGACUUCAUGGGGAAAUAUGAAAGGGAAGAUGAUCUUGAUCAAAUCCUGGUUUAUUGCUCAACGAUUAAGGAACUUGGUGUCUCCAAGCCUUUAUUGCUUGGUAUUGUGGAGAAGUGUGCUCUCCAGGCUGUUGCUGCAAAAUGCAAGACUAAAUCCGAAUGGAAACUUUUUGAGAAAUGUAAUGAUUUGCACAUAAACUGGAAAAUUGACAUGCUUGUAUCCACCAUCAUCAUGAAUUCCUGGCCAAGGGAUGUCAAAGGAACCUAUCUGGAGGAUGAGGAAAUGGUUUUCAGUCAUCUUCUUGACUGGAGAGCAGCUAAGAAUAUCUUUGAGCUUCAUGAUGCUGAUGAAAAACUGAUCAAUCAGCUUUCUGAUGAAGCUAAUGAGAAAUUGACCAUGGCAAUAUCAUCAUUCACCAAAAUUUUACAUCAACUUCUGUCAGGGAAAAUAAAAAUAAAGCUACUCAACCACAUCCUUGAAAAGAGGGCGGCUUUCUUUGACCUGCUUAAUUUAGAUUGUUUUUGUGACAAUGAACAGUACAGGGACACCAGUGCCAUGAACAGGCUUCUCGACUGUAGACAAGAGGAGGUGAAUGCUGUUUAUCACGAGAAAUCGCUGGUGGAUGCUCUCAUUACAAUGUGCCACAAUCUCCUGAAACAUCCGAGGGUUGAUUUUCAAGGGCUGGAAGACAAACGGCAAAAGGACAUUGAUGAGAUGGACCUGGACACGUUUGUGGAUGUCCAUUUAUUAAAUCAGAUUCCCUCUGCAAAAAGAGUAGUCAAUUACUUUGAGCUCGAAGAUGAUGUUCGAUCUAUGGCAGAGGUCCUAAACACCUACAAAAAGAGUUACAUCUUCAGAAAGUGCUGGGAAAAUGAGGCAAGAAAGUUUGCUUCAAAGGGCGAUUUGGUUAUCAGUCCCAAAAAGCUUCACACUGACAUAUUUACACCAUGCAACAAUGAGUACAACAACAUAUACACAGGGCUUAAAGAUGGCAGCAUCACCUUUCAAAAUAUUGAUGCAAAAUUCAAAGACUACAAGGGAAAGUAUGAAGACCUGGCAACAGAAUUUGCAAUCAUAUGCAGUCUGGAUCGCAAUGAUGACAAACGUUGGGUCCAGACAAGAGUCCAUCAGAUUGAGCAGUACCAUGAGCUUCAUCUGGCAGUAGAGUCAGCUGAGGUGGUCAAGAUGGUCAAAGACACGCUUGACCUAGGAGGAGACUUUCUAGUCUUGGACAAGUUGCUUAAUACUAGACAAAUAGAUUUUAAACAGAAGCAUCUUGACAGUAUUGAUGAUGAGUUGGUGCGGGCAAAAAUUGUGCUUGUGGAAAUCACAGAACCCCGCAGACUGUGUCUUCAGGAGCUCAGCUUCAGGAAGAAUUUGGUUACAUGGGUAAAAGAGGUUCUUCUAGACAUUAAUCAGUUGAAAGUGUUUGUGGAUUUGGCUUCAAUCUCUGCCGGAGAGAAUGAUAUGGAGGUGGAUCGUGUGGCCUGUUUUCAUGAUGCUGUUCUUGGCUACUCCUCGAUGCUCUAUGAUUUGCACCCAGAUGCUGACUUCAAGACUUUUAAAGAGACGCUAAAGAAACUAUGGAAGGCACUUGACAAUGAUCGUAACCUCCCAAAGAAAUUGCGUGACUCUGCAAGACACUUGGAUUGGCUGAAGUCGGUCAAGGACAGUCAUGGGUCAGUGGAAACCUCAUCUCUGUCUCUGGCAUCAGCCAUCAACACGAACGGCAUCUACAUUAUUAGUGCACAAAAUCGAAAGUUACACUUGGAAGAUAUCCUGAAGUUACAUAUUAUGGAAGAGCAUGAUGAGGGCUGUGAGACACGCAUUUAUUCUUUUGAGGACCUCAGGGAACUUCAGAAUAAAUUGAUGCUAAUGUCAGGCAAAGGUGAUCAGGGCCAGCGUGAAGUCAAUCAAUUUGCAGAGGUCUUUGCCGGUGUACAGAGGCUGGCCUGUGUAUUUAUUGAUUUGUUUGUUGCUGGAAAUCCAUUGUUCAGACACUGGAAGGCAACGGUCAGCUGUAACAGUACAGAAGCAUGCAUCGUUAUGGAUCUCAAUUUAGGAAGCGUUAUUAGUGUCAAAAUGGAAGGUGAUCUCACAGAACAGUUGCCAGAAGUCUGCAGGAAAAUGGAGAGCUGUUUAUGCUUCUGGAAGGCUUUUAUGGAUAAGCAGAGAUCUCAGCAUUAUUACUUAAACUAUUUUACUUCAGAACAAGUGGUUUACCUGUGCAGUCAGCUCACCCAGAAAAACAACACUGAUAUGAAAGAUCAAGUUCUUAUGCUGCUGUCCUUUAUCAAACCUAAUUGCUCCUUUUUAGAUGUGACACAAGCUUGGCACAGGCUUCAGACUGAUGUUAAGACAGAGCUUAAGCAAAAUGAUGACUUGGAAUUUCAAACAUUUGCAGAAGUUCCCAGUGCGAUUAAACACGACUUGAUUACUGAUGUGCCAUGUGCAUUGUUUGACAACUUGGUGAGUCAGUUGAGGCAUGCUAAAGGGUCAGAAAAACUGUGUGUGAUUUGGAAUGCUUACAUGCAAGACAUGAACAACUUCCUGCCAGACUGCCUUGAUGUCAGAAGCCUUGGAUAUCUUCUGGAAAUUUUAGCCAACAGCCCCAGUCAAUAUGAGAGUGAUUCCAAACAGGAUGAGAAGACGUGUAAUAUUCAGAGAGAGCUGCCAAAUGGAAUGGCUACUGGAAGACCAAAUCUGAUUAUCUGCCCUUCUGAAGAAAUUCUAACAACAUGCAUUUCAGUUUACAUGAGAAGCCAAAGAGAACCUCUACCAACCUUUGAUGAAGUAAUUCUCUGUAGUGGUGACACUACAUAUGAAGAAGUAGAGCUUUUUCUAAGGCGUUGUCUCUCUGAUGGCUACAGGGGACAUAAAAUAUACACAAUGCUCUAUGUGGACCAGCUUGCUUAUGAAGUGAGCUACAAAGUGGAGCAGUUUUUUCACCAGCAAAAUGCACAAAGCAGAAAGGAUUACAGACUUGUGUUGGUCUGCAGCUCAAAUAAGGAACAUGCAUACAUUCCGUCUGCUUUUAGUCAGUUUCGAUUGCACUUGGUUCCCCAAGAACCAAUGAACAAUAUUCAGCAAUACCUUGUUAGGCAUUUUACUGUCCCUGCUGACGUGUCCAGUGCUGCUGCUGUGUUCAAAAACAGACAGUUUGUGGGAGUUGUAUCCUCUGAAAGAUCAGGAGUAGGCAAAUCGCUUUACAUUAAACGACUGCAUGAGAAAUUAAAAAGCAUCACAGAUAUGCCUGUGCAGCUGAAGUGCAUCAGGUUAACUGAGCCAGGAGUUGAUGAAAACAUCAUCCUCAAGUCCUUGCUCAACAAUCUUAAGAAAACCGAGCUUUCAGUUUAUCAUUUUGACAUCACCACCAUGGUGAGGACAGGACUACAUGAAUUUCUAUUUAGGCUACUGAUUCUUGGUUACCUCAUAGACUCAGAAGGAAAUAUGUGGAGAAGGAAUAAGGAGCACUUGUAUGUAAUUGAGAUACUAAGACCAGAUUGUGGUGCAUCAAGUGCCAGAAGAUCUGUUGCUUUCAUGGAUGUGUUUCCAAGUGUUUACUGCCGUCCACCUAAAGAGGUCCUUGAGCUAGAAAUGAGAAUCCAGGAAGAUCUGUCAAUAGUAGAGGUUGAUGAUCCUCUCAUGGAUGACCAAGAGUUCCAAAGUGAGGCCUACCAGCGGCCUUAUCAGUACCUGCAACGUUUCCACAAUGGUAGUAAUUUGGAUACCUUCAAGUACCAAGGAGUUGAGGGCACUCACGUUGAAUGCCUUCAGAUGUUGUUUGAGUACUGCGGAAUCCCAGAUCCCUCUUGGGCAGAGUUGCGAAACUUUGCUUGGUUUCUAAACUUACAACUUGGGCAUUGUGAGAGCUCAGUUUUCUGUGAUGCUUCUUUUACAGGUGACAUUUUGUUGGGAUUUAAAAAAUUUGUUGUUGAUUUCAUGAUUCUCAUGGCAAAGGAUUUUGCCACUCCUUCACUUAGCAUCUCUGACCAAAGUUUAGGAAGACCACAAAAUCACCUUUCUUCUGCCAAUGAAGAGGAUCUGGCUCCCUUCAGGAUAAGAAAACGAUGGGAGUCAGAACCGCAUCCAUAUAUUUUCUUCAAUGAUGACCAUGUGUCCAUGACAUUCAUUGGCUUUCAUCUUCAGCCAAAUGCACAGAAAAUGAUUGAUGCUAUUGAUCCAUUAACAAAAAGAGUGAUCAAGCAGAACAUCAUGACCACAGAGCUCUAUGAGGGCCUCAAACUUCAGAGAGUUCCUUUUAAUAUUGAUUUUGACCAACUUCCACGACAUGAGAAAAUUGAGAGACUUUCCAGAGUGUUGGGAAUAGAGUCUCCUACUGACCCAGAUGAAACAUAUGAGCUCACCACAGAUAACAUGUUGAAAAUGCUGGCAAUUCACAUGCGCUUUCGCUGUGGGAUUCCUGUUAUAAUCAUGGGUGAGACAGGAUGUGGGAAGACCAGACUAAUCAAAUUCCUUUGUGAGGUGCACAGAGGUAGAAAUGCCACUGACAAUGUAAAACUGGUCAAGGUUCAUGGGGGGACAAGUUCAGAUAUGAUUUACACCAAAGUGAGAGAAGCAGAGGGCAUGGCAUUAAGAAACAAGCAGAACUAUAAAUUAGACUCAGUGCUGUUUUUUGAUGAGGCAAACACAACGGAGGCCAUAAGUAGCAUUAAGGAAGUCCUGUGUGACAACACUGCUAUGGGACAGAAUUUGACGGAUGACACAGGCUUGCAAAUCAUUGCUGCUUGCAACCCAUACAGAAAACACACAGACAUAAUGAUCAAGAGAUUGGAGUCAGCUGGUUUAGGAUACAGAGUUCGUGCUGAGGAAACGGAUGAAAAACUUGGAUCCAUUCCACUUCGUCAGCUUGUGUAUAGAGUGCAUGCUUUGCCACCUAGCAUGAUUCCACUAGUGUGGGACUUUGGACAACUCAAUGACCAUACUGAGAAAAUGUACAUCAAGCAAAUAGUUGAAAGGGUAUUUCAAACCCAUUCCAUCGAUUCAAACUGCAUCACAACAGUCACAGACGUUCUGUCAGCCUCGCAGAUGUAUAUGCGAACAAGACAGGAUGAAUGUAGUUUUGUGAGUCUGAGGGACGUAGAGCGCUGCAUGCAAGUUUUUGGGUGGUUCUAUAAAAACCAUGAAAUGUUACUUUCAGAGCUUGACAAGUUUGAGAGUGGAAAAAGAAAUGAUCAAAAUCAAACAGAUGCUGAAAUAAAAAACCCAAUUCUGUGGUCAUUAAUUAUGGCUGUUGGUGUCUGUUACAAUGCCUGCUUGGAGGAUAAGCAGAAAUACAGAGAAAGCAUAUGCAGAUACCUUACGGAGACCUAUAGCCCCCAAAAAGUGAUGCAGGAGAUCUCAGAUAUUCAGGAUCUUUUUCUGAGUGGCGUUCCAUUGCGUGAAACUAUUGCCCGAAACAACGCCUUGAAGGAAAAUGUCUUCAUGAUGGUUAUUUGCAUUGAACUAAAAAUACCUCUCUUUUUGGUUGGAAAACCUGGAAGCUCUAAGUCUUUGUCAAAAACUCUAGUUGCAGAUGGCAUGCAAGGCCAAGCAGCUCAUUCAGAUUUGUUUAAAAAGCUAAAGCAAAUUCAUCUUGUUUCCUUCCAGUGUAGUCCUCACUCUACACCAGAUGGGAUCAUCAAUACAUUCAAGCAGUCUGCCCGUUUUCAGGAAGGCAAGAAUCUAUCAGAGUAUGUCUCUGUGGUUGUGCUAGAUGAGAUAGGCUUGGCUGAAGAUUCCCAGAAAAUGCCCCUGAAAACUUUACAUCCUUUGUUAGAAGAUGGAUGUGUAGAUGACCAGCCAUUACCACACAAAAAGGUUGGAUUCAUUGGUAUCUCUAACUGGGCUUUGGAUCCAGCCAAGAUGAAUAGAGGUAUAUUUGUUUCACGUGGUGAUCCUGAUGAAAGGGAAUUGGUUGAAACUGCUGAAGGAAUAUGUUCGUCAGAUCCCAUGGUCCUUGAGAGAGUAAGAGAUUACUUUCAGCCAUUUGCCAAGGCUUACCUGAACAUCUGUAAUGAACAUGGCAGAGGUUUCUUUGGUUUGCGAGACUAUUACAGCUUGAUAAAGAUGAUAUUUGCUGUUGCCAAAGUUUCAGAACAGAGGAACAAACCUAGCGCCGAACAGAUUGUGAAGGCUGUGCUGAGGAACUUCAGUGGCAAGGAUAAUGUGGAUGCUGUUACAGAUUUCACCAGUAGUCUGAAUAUCACAGCCAAACAUGAGAAUAUCAGUACCAUUGACCUUGUAAGAGAGAACAUCACAGCCAUUGGUCAAGAUGAGGAAUGCAGAUACCUGCUCGUUCUGACCAAGAACUAUGCAGCCCUUCGGAUUCUUCAGCAUAUGUUUUUUUCAGACCUGUGCCAACCAGAGAUUAUCUUUGGUUCAAGCUUUCCAAAAGACCAGGAGUAUACUCAAAUAUGCCGCAACAUUAACCGUGUGAAGAUCUGUAUGGAAACUGGUCAAACCAUUGUUCUUUUGAACCUGCAGAACUUGUACGAAAGUUUAUAUGAUGCUCUUAACCAAUAUUAUGUUUGGCUUGGAGAUCAGAAAUAUGUGGAUUUGGGGCUUGGAACCCACAGAGUCAAAUGCAGAGUGCACAAAGAUUUCAGGCUCCUAGUCAUUGAAGAUAAGGACAUUGUAUACAAGCAGUUUCCCAUUCCGUUGAUCAACAGGCUGGAGAAACAUUAUCUUGACAUCAAUACCAUACUAAAAAGUGAGCAAAGGGACCUUGCUGAGAAGCUUGAGAAGUGGGUUGCAUGCUUCAUUGCAGCUAAAAGCCAUCACACAAUUACUCUCCAAGAACCCUGCUACCGUCCUGCUGAUGCAUUCAUUGGCUACCACUCAGACACCUGUGCAUCUGUUGUCCUGCAAGUUACAGAGCAACUCAAAGGGCAUGUUUUAGAUGAUUCGAAGAGGAUUUUAGAUGAGGCUAAAUUGAUCCUUUUGAACUGUGCUACACCAGAUGCAGUGGUUAGACUAGAUUGCACUUCCUUCUCCAAAGUUGACACGGAGUACCUGUCAAGGGUGUACUUUGAAGACCAGAAGCAUAGCUCACUUGCUGAUUUCAUCCUUUCUCAAAUACAGCAAGCAGGGCAUAGCCACGCCUUUUUCACAGAGGUAACUACAUUCUCAGGGCUUCUGACUGUAACAGAAACUGAACAGCUGCAGAACAUAGUUCAAAACAUUGAGCUCCUCUCAUUACAGCAGUUUGACACGGAAAACUCAUUUCUCAAAACAAUCAGGAUUUAUUUGGAAAACACCAGUGGAGAUAAGAUACUUAUCAUCCAAACCAAUUUUGAUGAAAGCUCCCAAAGCUUACAUUUCAUUGCAUCUGCAAAAUAUUCUUCUCUCAAUGAAAUCAACAAAUUUAGGGAAGAGUCCAAUGGAAAGAUCUUUGUUUACUUCAUCACUAAGCUACCCAAAAUGGAUGGUGGAACUUCUUAUGUUGGAUUUCAUGGUGGCCCUUGGAUGUCAGUCCACAUUGAUGACCUGAGGACAUCGAAUGACAUUAUCUCUGACAUAAAAGCCUUGCAGUGUCUGACCAUCAGCCAGUUGUUUGAAGAUAAAGAAGAGAAAACGGAUGAACCUGAAGCUAUGGAGGUUGAAGACAUGGAACUAGAAGACAAUGCUGUGGGUCACAACCUCAACAGCAGCAAUGGCUGGGAAAAUGUUCUAGACACCAACAUGCUGGUUCGUAGCUGUGUUCAGAAUGCAGUUGGCAUGCUAAGAGAUCAGACAGAUGCGGGGACCCGCAGCACCAAGAGAGUAGAGAUUCUUCUAAUGCUCUUGGAUGACAGUGAGAAUCUACAAGGUUAUUCAGCUAAAUUUGUAAAAGCGUUAAAGAAACGACUUUCUCUAUUGAUGUCUCACGAUGAAAACACAAUCUCCGCCAAGAGUUGGGUCUCUAAAGAAGCACUAAACAGUGAUGCAUUGCAAGAGGGUGGGACUUUUAGACAUGCUCUUUGGAGACGAGUUCAAGCAGUAGUAACUCCGUUUUUGGCACAAGUUAUUUCAAUUAUUGACCGUGACUGCAAUCUCGACAUCUUGCUGGAUAGAAACUCUGAUGAAUCUAUGAGGAAAUUAUGGCUGGACAUUUUUGGAGAUGUUGAGUUACUGAAUGUUCCUUUCACAAGCCAAGGCAACAACUCCGAGAAGACAAUCUUGGUUCAGAACUACAUUGCCGUUGACAGCAAUGUGGGUUGCACCAUACCUUUCAGCUGGAGAAUUAAAGAUUAUCUAGAGGAACUCUGGAUGCAUGCUUUUCAGCGAGAAGGACACUCUCUAGUUCAGUUUGAAGAAUUUUUUAGGAAUAUCUCCUUGGGCGAGUACAUAUCUGAAGCAACCCAAGAGAUGCAGAUGAAAUUUUUCCACAAGUAUCUCCAGGAUUUCAUCUCCAUGACCAUGAAGGUGACAUCAGGGGUGAAUUUGGAGCUUUUAUGUGGAGCGCUUACUUGUGGUGUAAAUGAGCUUAGAGGUAGUCAGGAAGUGCAUGAGAGUGAAGUCAUUUCUCUGCCGUGGGUUCAUGCUGCCUACCAUCACUUCAAGAACCGAAUACAAAACCUUUACAGGAUGAUCAGUAUAGAGCCUCAGAUUGCUCAGAAGCUUCUAGAUAACGCGUGUGACAGAGAGGAAACUGAACUGGUGCUCGAUGCGUACGCUGCAGUGGCUUGUAUCGAAAGUCUAGAGCCCUGGGCUUUAGAUGAUGAUGUUCAAAGUCGGGCCUGGCUUAGACGUGUGAAAAAGCUACAGGUGCCAAUUGAGCUGGUCUGCUGUGAGGAGAGCCUACGCCACUAUGGACAGAAAAGCAAGCAGAUUGUCACUCGCAUUCAACAUGGCUGGCGUCGCAUAUACUCUAUGGCCUUGUUUGUGGAGCACAUGCUGCUGGGUGUCGAGAAUGUGCAUUCAAACCUCAGGCCGCUGGUUCUUAAACAAACUCGAUGCCUAUCAAAAGUGCUAGAGGAGGACUCAGAACUCAAAAAGAAGAAGCCGUUUGAGGCAGUGAUCACUGUACUCAAAACUUGCAAAGAUGACGCAUCUCAGAGCAUUUUUAGGUUUGGCAAUCAGCUUUGUCCAGUGUGCACAGGAGAACCGCUUGACCCUUUGAGUCUACCCUGUGACCACAUCUACUGCCUGACCUGUAUCAGAGAGUAUCUGGUUCCUGGUCAGAUGGUCUGUACCGUGUGUCACCAUGAAGUGCCUGAUGACUUUGAGCUCAAGGCCUCCGAGACAAUACAGGGUCUGAUCAGUCAAAAUGCAUUGUUUAGAAAGCGAUGCGAUGCUUUCUUCAUAGAUCUGGUGUCCAGCAUGUGCUUCAGGGACAGCACUCCUCCCAGCAUGGACAUCAUCCACCAUCUCUUAUCCCUCCUGAUGGUAGAGUCCCAGUCGCUCCCUCAGAUUAUAGGACAAGACCGCAGGUUCUUGACUAAGGCUCUUUCUCCUUUCGAUGACAGUGUGGAUAAAAAUCCAGUGGUUCGUUCAGUGGUGCUCAAACUCCUGCUGAAGUACAGCUUUGAUGAUGUGAAGCACUAUCUUCAGAGACAUCUGACGGAAGUUGAGCAAAGCAACAUCAUUCAGGAGACUGAUAAAACCGAGCUUUAUUCCUUGUACAUAAAUAGUUUGGAGGACUCAAUGUAUGAUCGGACACAAUGGCACUCUGUGGCUGAGCAGCAGAUCUGUUUGGAGGAGGAGACUCACUUUCUUCAGGAGUUCCUUCGCUCUCAUUCUGUGUCUGCACACACUGCCUCUAUAGAGCACCUGCAGCAGGUGGCCAGAGUCCGACUGUGUCUGGAUAUGGCUGCGAACCUGCUCUUCAACAGAGCGACUAGUGCUGGUGCACAGGAUGACCCUUCAUCUGCUACCUCAGAGUUUUUGAACCAUGUGACCGAUCUAUGCUCUCAGAGCAAGAAUGACUGGUACAGGGUUUACCUCAUCAGAAAGCUCUGCAGUCUUCAUGGGGUUGAAUAUGUGCAGAAACUUCUGUCACAAAAAGAAUUCAGGUGGCUGUUUCCAAAGGAGAUUCUUGAUUUGAAUCAAGAUGACGUCAAAAUUGACCACUAUAUAGCAUGUGGACUGGACUACAAAAUGAUCAGAGAUGCAGUAGCCAAAGCCAUGUUGGAUUGCAACAUGGAUGAAAUAAAGAAAGCGAUUAAGGAUUGUAAAAGCAUACCCACGAAGAAAGCUGUUUAUCUGCUAAUGGCUUUAUUCAGAGAAGUCACCUUCCUGUACACAAAUGGAAACACCAACUUGGAACCUAAACCUGAGCAACGUGCCGGCCUUGGAGAGUUUAUCAAAAGCACAGACAUCUUUGUCAAUGAUGAAACAAAAGAGUUUGCUGAAGCACUGGUGAAUAAUAAUCUCAGUGCCCUGCGUGUACAUACUCAGAUGUCAGACAGAGAGCUUCUUCUGGUGGAGGUUACGGUUCACAUGGCUGCAGUCCUGUUGUGUGGAAAUCUGAUUUUACUUGAGCCGCUGCAGCAGCUGGCUCUGUCCCCACAAAACAUGGCGGCUUCAUUCAUUCCAACUAUGCCAGAUGACAUGUUGGCUGUUGCCCAGCAGACCAUUAAAGGCCUGGAUGGCAGGGAUGUCAAGUGGUAUACCUGUCCUAAUGGUCAUCCAUGUGUUGUUGAUGCGUGUGGGCUGCCCAUGGAGUCUGGCCGCUGUAUUGAAUGUAAUGCAGUAAUAGGCGGCACAGACCAUAAACCUGUUGAUGGCUUCCAAACCAUGCAGACGCAAGCUGACCGGACUAAGUCAGGACACAUUCUGGGUGAUGCACAACGUCGUGACCAGCCUGACAUGCAGGACACUAAGAAUAUGUCACCUGCUCCUUUCGCUCUUAUCAGACUGCUCACACACAUGUCCAUGCUGCUGGGAGAUCGAAAAGACCCUCAGAGUAUCAAGCAGAUCAUCAAGCCUGCUGUGCCAGAUCUCGGGCCAUUCCUGAUGGCCCAUCUUUUGAAGGACAUGGAGCAGCUGAGCAGAGCUCUGGGUAGAGGAGUGGAUGAUACGAUCAGUACCAUCCAUUUGACCAUCCAUGAUCUACUGGAACCCCGUCAGACGGGCCAGUGGCCUGUUCCUUAUGAUAAAACCCUUUCUUCUAAAGAGGCAAGAAAUGGAUGGGAAAAUGUCAUGAAUAAUGAAGUCAUUACUCAUCAGCUGAAGGUUCUGGAGAAACGGCUACAGGAAGUGAACAAAUUCAUAAGGAAAGAUGAGCGAGUGUCCUCUAAUCCAGUGAUGAAGCUGACUUUUGGGAAACCAGAGAUUUUCCUGAGCUCUUUAUCCCAGAACUCCCUUAUCCAUAAUUCAUCCAUCUGGAGCUGCAGGAGGAAGGUCACCGUGUCGAGUCUGGCUCACAUUGUGGAGCAGAACAAUGGCCGGGACACUUUACCUAUGCUCUGGAGGUUCCUACAAAAGGAAGCAGAGUUACGGCUAGUGAAGUUCCUUCCAGACAUCUUGGUUCUCCAGAAGGAUUUGGUAAAGAAGUUCCAGAAUGUAACAGAAUUAACCUUCAAAACCAUAGGAGAUUUUCUGGAUAGCCAUAAAGAAGCUUCACUAGCAUGGUAUAAAAAGUCCAUAAACAUCUUCUUGUCAACAUGGAACCAGCUCAGGGUAUCUCUGGCCACUGCAGGAGAGAUAAAGCUGCCGGCUGAAUACACUCAAAAGGAUCUGAGUCUGGACACUGACCUGCAGGUGCUUUUACCACAGAGACGUGAUCUGGGCCUGUGCUCCACUGCCCUGGUCAGCUACCUCAUCAGCCUUCACAAUGACCUUGUGUACACUGUGGAAAAACACACAGGAGAAGAGUCUGGUUACACAGUGAGCCCGGUUGACCUGACGGAGAUGCAUGUGAUCCAUUAUGAGUAUGAGCGGGAUGUGCUUCCACUGAUACUGUCCAACUGCCAGUACCGCAUGGAGCGCGGACAGGAAACACUGAUGGAGUACGACCUGCCCAACAUCCAGCAACAGAUCUUCACCCGCUUUCUACAGGGCAAACCUCUCAUAACCCUAAAUGGUAUUCCGACAAUGGUGAACAGACAGGACAGAAAUUACGAGAUCAUAUUCAUGGAUGUGAAGGGCAAAGUUCCACAAGAGCCGCUGCAGGCUCUCACACAGCACAACCUCGUGAAGGAGCUGCAGUCCUACAGAGACGUGUGUGAGGCCCUGUCCACAGUCGAGCUGGCCCUGGGCUUCCUGGCCAUGACCGGAGGAGAGCCCCGGGGACAGCUGGACACUUACUUGAGGGAGGUGCUACAGAUGACGGACAACAUUACCCCACAUGUAUUCGAGGCGUUGAGCAGGUGCAGUCUGAAACACUGUGUGGCGCUGUGGCAGCUCCUCAGCUCUCUGAAAUCAGAGACCCUGCUGCGUCUGAAGGGGGACCCGUUUAAGGACAUCAGUGAAGACUACAAACAUCCUCUGCAGGAGGAACACAAGACACCCCUCAAGAGUUUCUUGACCAAGUCCGGCGCCGCUGCCUUCCUGUUGGAGAUUCAUGAAUUUCUGCUUUUAGUUCUGAAGAAAGCAAACGGCACGGACACCUUCAGGCCCGACUGGGGUCUGAAAAUCACUGUGGUCUCCUACAUGGAGCGGAAGGAUCUGGACGUUCCUGUGGAGGUGGACGACUUCUUCCCUGAAGAGAUUCCUCUCUCGCAGUGCACUGAAGUGUGGAAGUUCUCAGCUCUUCUCAGAAGUGCUUGAUCCAACGUCUAACUUUGGUUUCUGUCUGGUCUGUUUUCUAUUAGACACAACUGAUGACCUACACGUUUACAACCGUUUUAGAUUAAGAUGAGUUCAUUCACUUACACGCAACACUGUAUUCACUGAUCUUAUAGUCAUGAUCUGUAAUGAGAGGGAAUGUCAAAUCUGGGAUUAUGAUCAUGUUUGUCUUUUAAAAUGAUGUUUUUUGAGAAAGAAAUGUCAUUGCACGACUUAGUCUAGAUUAAAGGGUGUUUAAUACGAUUUUUCAUUUUCAUGGGUUUUCUUUCUAUUAGACAGGAUUUCUGUGUAGAAUCAGUGUUUCUAUGAUCAAGAUGUUUUCCUCCCGUGACCUGCACUGAUUUGAAUAAAAAUGCUGAAUGUUUACCUUCAAA